AGCCGCGCGUCCACGUGGUGGGCGUGUUGGGCGAGAGGGUGUCACUGCCGUGCGACAUGACGCCCAACACGACGGACGACGAGGUGUCCCUGGUGCUGUGGUACAAGGACGACUCGACCACGCCCAUCUACUCGUGCGACGCGCGACGCAGCCGCCUGUCGCAGGCGCACCACGCUCCCGCAGACUGGCUCGGCCACCGCGCGUACCUGCGCCUGGCGCCUGCCGACGCCGGGGAGCCGGCCGGAGGGCAGGCAGCCCUCGAGCUCUACCCGGUGCACGAGGAAGACGAGGGCCUCUACCGAUGCCGGGUGGACUUCCGCAAGGCGCGCACCAGGAACUACGAGGUCGUGCUCAAGGUCAUCCAGGAGCCGCGCGUCCACGUGGUGGGCGUGUUGGGCGAGAGGGUGUCACUGCCGUGCGACAUGACGCCCAACACGACGGACGACGAGGUGUCCCUGGUGCUGUGGUACAAGGACGACUCGACCACGCCCAUCUACUCAUGCGACGCGCGACGCAGCCGCCUGUCGCAGGCGCACCACGCGCCCGCAGACUGGCUCGGCCACCGCGCGUACCUGCGCCUGGCGCCUGCCGACGCCGGGGAGCCGGCCGGAGGGCAGGCAGCCCUCGAGCUCUACCCGGUGCACGAGGAAGACGAGGGCCUCUACCGAUGCCGGGUGGACUUCCGCAAGGCGCGCACCAGGAACUACGAGGUCGUGCUCAAGGUCAUCCUGCCUCCCAACGAACCAAUCAUCACCGACCAGAAUGGGGAAAUCCUUCCGAGCAAGAGCAUCAUCGGGCCAUACAACGAGGGAGAUCGUUUGCUACUGGUUUGUCAAGUUGAAGGAGGCAGUCCUCCGCCGGUGGUCACGUGGUGGCGCGAGUCGUUCCUGCUGGACGACCAGUACAACGUGACCUCUCAGGGGAUCUCGAGGAACGAGCUGCUGCUUCCCUCGCUGGGCCGCAACGACCUCAUGGCCACUUUCACCUGCUUGGCCACCAACAACAACAUCUCCUUCCCGGUCUCCGCCAGCGUUACAGUGGACCUCAACUUCCGUCCGCUCUCCGUGUGGAUCGAGGGCGAGCAGCGACCGCUGUCGUCGGGCAAGCCCGUGACCCUGAGGUGCCGCUCGGCGGGUUCGAGACCCCCCGCUGUGGUCGAGUGGUGGAAAGCCGGCGUGCGAAUGAACGCCACACAAGCCAACGGCACCAGCGCCCUCACUUUCGUGCCCGUGAGCGAAGACUCGGGCAAGCAGCUGUCGUGCCGCGCCGAGAACCCGCUCAUCGCCGGCAGCGCCAUCGAGGACGGCUGGAAGCUCGAAGUGCACUACGUGCCACAGCUGAACCUCCGCCUGGGCAGUAAGCUUCGGCACCAGCACAUCCAGGAGGGCAACGACGUGUUUCUCGAAUGCGACAUCCGGGCCAGUCCGUGGGUCACUGAAAUCGGCUGGCGGUUCGAAGGCCGCGACCUGGCCACCAACACGUCGGCCGGGCUCAUCGUCAGCAACCAAUCACUGGUGCUGCAGAAAGUGGACCGCCGAGCACGUGGCCGCUACACCUGCACUGCCGCCAACGCAGAGGGCAUUGGCGAGAGCAACCCUGUCAACCUGAGGGUCCGAUUCGCGCCGACGUGCAAGCCUGGGCAGAAGGCGGUGUACGGCGCGGCCCGGCAGGAGGCCGUGCGCGUCAGCUGCGAGCUGGAGGCCGACCCUGCGCAGGACAUGGCGUUCCGGUGGCGCUUCAAUGCGUCGCAGCAAAUGCUCGGCUCCACCAACGUGAUGAGCGAGGGCACGCGCAGCUGGGCCACCGUGGUGCCGCAGACGGACGAGGACUACGGCGCGCUGCUCUGCUGGGGCAAGAAUGGAAUCGGCAUACAGCGAGAGCCCUGCAUCUUCACGCUCAUUCAGGCUGGACCUCCCGAUGCUGUGCAGAACUGCUCGGUGCAGAACCAGACCGAGGACUCCGUGGCCCUGGCCUGUUCGGAGGGCUACGACGGUGGUCUGCAGCAGCUGUUCCGGCUCGAGCUGCACGACACCUCUCGGCGGCUGCUGCGCGCCAACGUGAGCUCGGCCGAGGCGCCCGUCUUCGUGGCGCGCGGCCUGCCUCCCGGCACCAGCUUCGUGGCGGCCGUGUACGCGUUCAACUCACGUGGCCGCUCCCAGCCGACGGUGCUCGUGGUCAGCACGCUGCCGGCGCCCGUCAGCCUCACCCGGAAAGAGGGUGUGUGGCAGCUCAACUUUAGCCCUCUCCUUGCGGCACUCAUAGCGGUCAUCGGGGGUCUUGCAGUCAUCGCGAUCGCCAUAGUCAUCGUCAUGAAGUUCAGAGACCGCCCUGGCAACAACAAAGCGCAAAAACGACUGAAGAAGGACGACAAAUGUCACAUGCCACUUCAAAAAGACACUGACGACACCACCGACAUGUUCCAUGACGAAGAAAAAUGCCCGGAUAUUAUUCCAGAUGUACGAAUGGGAGACACAAUUGCAGGCCCCGUCUUAGAGAGCAGCUUCGGUGGCGCUACAAAGUCAUGGGAGACGCAGCACUUUGGCCCCAUCAGCCGAGUUGCCUACCACAAGAACCCGGGCUCUCCUCGUGUCGUGCGGGGAAAGGACACCAUCCUGUUGACACCACUGCAAGAGUACUCCGCUUACUCGGAAAGCAGCAAACAGUUUGACAAGGCACUGUCUGGGCAAUCAAUGGGACAGCUAACUAGUUUCAAGCCACUAGCCACUGGUAACUGAGUCUGGGCUGUGACUGACAGUCACAGCCGCACGGAGUAGUAGCAGAACGCAGCACCACGGUGUCAUCGAGGCCCGGUCUGCACUCGGCGUGAAGAGCAGCCGACCAGCGGGAGCUUUAGGGUGACCGGCCGACCACAGCGGCAUGGUCACGCUGCAACUCGCCGGCGGAGCUCCGCGCUCCAGCUGAAAUGAGGACUUCCUUGUCGCUGCGUGUGAACUGCGGCCGAUGCAAGACUAUAGGAGGAACGACGGCGAUCUCUCUACUUUCCUACGUCGACGAGAGGAAUCUGCAGUGACAGCAAGCGACUCUAGCCUUCUGCAGAAAGGACGGUGCCACUCGAUUCCGCCAAGCCCUCGUGUGCAUAGCUUUGUUUGUGUUCUUCGCUUGACACUGGAACACGAGUUCAAAACUUGCGAACAGACGUCGGAAGGGUGCCUUGUCACCACUAUUCUCACUUGUCGAUAUUAUAAAGAAAGUGUCCCAACAAUAUCUGCGCUUAGCAUGUCACCAGUGCAAAAUAGUGCACGCCUUUUUUUUUUUUGAGCGAUAUUUGGUAUAAUAUAAUUUGACGACCAUACAAGUCCGCAAAUCCUUUCGCCUCAAAAGGAGCAUGUCUGGCAUUUAACACGAGAGUACCGUUAUACAGCAUGGCGGGGUAAGCUUAAAAGCGGGCAAUAGCCACUCUUAUCGACUAGUUUCGGAUACUCUUGUUGUAAAUGAAUGGGACUCGAUAUAUCCAGAGUCACCCUGCAGCUCUUUCUUGUGACAUAAAUUGCCAUCUAUAACAUCACCAGCGCCGUUCCUCGGCUUCUUCUCUUUCUCUGGAGACUGGUGUGUAUUUAGUGGGCAACGCCUUCUCAACGUGAGCUUUUGCCGUCAACCCCGUUCUCUGAUAGAGAUGAACAAUUACCAUUCUACGUUAUUGUUAUCAAAGUUUAUAGAAAAUAAGAAAUGAUGAUAGAGCAACAAUUUCAAGAGCACGGCCAAGUCUAUUCGUCAUGCCUGAAGUGGAAACAUUAUAAGGGCUUUACCGAAAUUCACGCUGCGCAUGCAGCAUCCUGAAAUAUACAUUAAAUUUUGUAUCGAGAAUCGUGAUGGAAGAAUGAAUAUGAGCUCAAUAGAACGUCAAUACUACUGAUGUUUUCUCUAUAACACCGUAGGUGCAGCUGUGAUGACGAAAUGACUACUUGGUAUUAACCCUUUCAGACGCUGUGUACACAAUUAUAUACACCAAGAUAGUGUAUCAACAGCAAAAGCACUGAUGAAAGUAAUGAUAUUUAAAAUGUGUCGUAUAUUUCUUGAAACACUUAUAAUUGCAUUUGUGCUGCAAUUUUGUUUAACAUGUGCGAAAUGUUUUACUAAUAUGAGCGGGAAGGUAGACGGUUGGGUGUUUUUUUCAUUGGUGUCAGUAUAUGUUGUCAUAUGUAGGCGGGUUCAAUUCUUUCAUUGUUUUUCACAACGUAAUGCUCCAGAUAUAAUUUUCAAGCUACUGGAUAAGUGCUUUUCAAGCUUUUCAAUACAAGAAAUAGUUGACAUUCUCAUAUUUGGUGCUCCAGUAGUGAGUUUUUGCAUAGAGUCCACGUUCUGUAAACUUGACAAAAUCAUUAAAGAAUUGAAAGUUCUUAAUCUUUUCUGCAGCUGUACACUUUAUAUGAUUCUGAAGAUGCAAGAAAUGUGGUGAAAAUAAGUUUUCAAUCAACAGGAUAAAGUUGCGUCUGAAAGGGUUAAGCCUGUGCAUCAAUAUUGAUAUAAUUACCUACUAAAUUCUUCAAAAUGUAUUUGCUUAAUGAAGAAGCGUACCGGUAAAAGCGCUGUGCUCUUCGAAGAUGAUCUCAAGACGGCACAUACAUGUUUUCUUUUUGUCAUUAACCAUAGUGAAUGCUCAAGAACCGUCUGAGCAGAUGAAGCUUGGUUCAUCUGUGCCGCACAUCGUUCUUUCUUAAGUGAACCAUUGUGUCGAGAAUUCCGUUUCUGUAAUAAUGAAUAGGUGCUUAUUUUAAAUUAUUACUGCCAAGGCACCCUUCCGACCCCAUACUUCACUACAUCUGUACAUAGGACAUUUAUGUGCCACCGUUGCUCACAUCUGCACAGCGCUCUAGAACAUUUUCGUGUGUGCACGUGUGAAAAUACGUGCGCGUUGCCCGUUUCUUCAUCAAGACACACCAAAACUCUGUCGUCCUACGCGUAGAACCUACGCCAACUGUGAAGCAUCAGGAUCGAAUGGCAACCGCGUGACACUUCUACACGCUUGGAAAGAUUUGCUACGGAUGCUUCAGCACUCAGACAUUCAAAUUUGUGGAUAUUGCAACAGUGCGAGCAUUGACCUGAAACCAGGCAGCUUCGCUUUGCUUUCAUCUAGGUACUGCUAGAAUUCCAUCGCGAUUGAGAACAAUGGCAGUUUCUGACGGUUUGAAAUUCCUCUAGAUCCAUUCCUUCACACACAGUUUUUUUCUUUUUUUUUUGUGCAUCUCUGUGUGUAACGUGAAGUGCUCAGAUUUCGCGUUAUCAUGUAUGUAAAGUGUCUGCGGACUGAGUCAAAUGGGCCCGUUACUAUAGCGCAUUCAUGUGGAUAGUUCAAAGCGAUGCUGAAAGAACACUGGAGCGCUCGUGUACGUGUUGUUUGUUUACUGCGACAAAAUGGGGUGUGCUAAACAGUCCGCUAUCCCAAAACUGCAGCUGAAACACAGAGCACAUUCUUAGCAAGUUCUUUUGCGCGUCAGGUGUCAUUGCGCAGAGACAAUUCAAUGCAUUUUAUUCCUGGGUGCUCUCCUAUUAAAGCAUGCAUGAGUAAACUCUCCUAUUAAAGCAUGAUAGGUGUCGCCCAUGGGAUCAUUCAGCGCGAAGUGUAUUAACGCGAUAGCGUUAAAGGCCCCGGGUUGCAGAAAAUCCGGUGUUGGCUUCGGCGUCGGCGUUAAGCAUCGGCGUCUGGCGGAAAUAAUCAUGCCGAACCACAUCAUUCCAAACCACCCCGACCACACAGGCCCUCCGCGUGGCGCAAGGCGUUAGUGACCAAUAAUUGAAUUUCUCAAAGUAAAAUCCGCCAGAAAAAUCGUGAAGUAUGACUUAAACACAACCUACAGGCGUGAUGGCGACGGAUUGUAAUUUGAAUAUACGAGAAAAGAUCCUGAUACGCAGGCAGGGCUCUUUGAAUGCUACCGCAUUCCACUCUUAAAGGCGAAGCUUGAGCGUCCUCCAAUUCUGAUGGUGUUUCGCUGUACUUUGGUUCUAGGCAACAUUGAGGUGAAGGUUGAAAACCGCGCGUUUCUAAAUUUUGGACACGCGGGCGCCUCGGGCAAACAGCAAAUGAUUAAUAAAAUAAUUUUUAAAAAAGGACCUAGGGCUUUCACAUUUUGACAAAAGACGGCUUAAAUUGUUCCUGUAAAAUGUCUUCCCAGCAAUGCAUUUGUGUUUAAAAGUGAAGCCGACUUUAAGGGUAUCAGUGUAAGCUUUGUCUUUGUAAGCUGGCUUUCCCACGUUGUGUGUUGCAGUAAAGCCUACUCAUAAAGAAAACUGUGAUGCGAACGGAGCCCGAUAACGCUAUCGCGUUCCACUCUUAAAAGGUGAAGCUUAAGCGUCAGUGCCUUUCUGAGUGUAACAUGAUUAUUUAUUUUCCUUUCAUCUCACUGACGAUCAACAGAAGUGACGGCUCUUAGAAAAUGAGCAAUUCCCAUUAAGUUUUCUCAUUGUUACCCUUACGAAGCAGUUAUGUGGGUCUUACAAGACAGCUUCCGUCUGAUUUAUGCGACCUGUAGGUGCUCUAGUAGUGAGUCUUUCUAUCCGCCUACUUGUUAUGUUCAUACUAGGAGAAAGCAGUCAAUUGCGCUCGAGAUUGCGCUGCUAACACCUGCAAAAGCGCAUUUACAGCUGUAAAAUUGAUUUUCCCUCACAUAAUAUUUGUGGAAUAAUCAUCAGCAUGCAUCCCUCGCGGUGGAAGCAUUUUAGCCAGUUUGCUGAUUUUGUUCGAUUCCUCGUUUCGUUGUAGUGUCUCAUCAGAGUGCAGUUUUAUACAAUAGCGGAAAUCACGUUUCUUCUGGUAAAUAAUGUUCUUGGAAGGAGUUAUUGCAGAUAAUAGGGCGUUGGGAAGAAGUCAUCUUCCCACUAUGUUCUCACUUUUAUUUGUGGUGCUUUUGUUACUUGUGUGCCGCAAAGCGUGUAGAAUUAAUUUUUUCGGAGCAUUUUUGUUUUGUCGCCUGUAUGCUUAGUUACUUGUAACGACGGCACUUUCAUAGGAACUGCUCUGGUUUCUAGCCCGGAACCACUGCGGGCACGCUGGCUGAUGUCCCUAAUUCCUGGAGUUGUGCUAAUCGCGGUUAGUUGAAAUGGCUUAUUAUCAACACAUUUCCUGUUUAAACUAAAAAAAAGUAUAGUUUUCGUACAAAAAUUCGGUUUUAUUGUCUUCCGAUCAUUAAGAUCGUCUUCAUGUGUCCUAAUAGCCCAAUACCAAUAUAAUCGAUGGCUUCACUAGCUCUGUGUCCUAACUUGUCACCGCCUCAGACAAUGAGAGCUUUAUUUAGAAAGUUGUAUGUAUACGAGGGCAGUGCUCACGUUGCUUAUAAUAAUAGCGAAAAUAGAGUAUUUCAAUGUAAAUUUGUAGUUCAAACCGCAGGCCAGCGAUAAACGUUAGCUGCCGACGAAUGAUGACAAUAAUUGCUGGAUAAUCGGCUGUUCAUUGUGUAUGUUAUAUAAGGUGAACACCUUUGUGUUUUCGAGAGAGAACGGCUUCCAAGAAACUGGUUACUUCUUUUGACAACAUGAGAAAAUUGUUGCGUGGUGGAAUUAACGCGCCAUAACCUGUCUUUCGUGUGCCGGCAAGAUAAACUACCCAUCACAUCGUGUCGCUUGACUGCCCUUUCCACAUUUUGUAAAGCUUUUCCUUCCGCGAUUCAAGAAUACGAAUAAAUGCCAUUUAUUUAUUA